AUGAUCAACUUCGGCGUCAGAGAGGUCGCAAACUCGAAAGCAGCUCCAGCUCCAGGCUGGGCCUACGUUCCAGACACAGGGGUCAAUGCUUCUGUCACAGCCUUACAGCCUGCUUCACGAAAACGCGCUCGCAACCAGACAGUCGCCAGCAGUCACGAAAACACAGCGCGGCAAGAUGCUAAGAUACUGCGAGAACUAGCCUCUCUAGAUCGAGAAAAUGCGAAGGAUGUAUCGAUUCCAGUGCCUAUACGGCACCGUGACAAUGCUGGGCGAGUGAGCCAUGGCAAAGUCACGUCCAAUGUUCGAAAGAUCCUCCAAUCUCAAAAAACGUUCGCAAAUUAUCUGUCAGACUUCGAAGCGCUCGCCCAAAACCCAUCCGCAGCUCCCACACCUCAACCGGUCUUGACUCCUGUAAGACCAACUCCACGAGCAGCAACCGGUACAGUAGUACCGCACCUCACAAGUAAAGGGACACGAUCACACAAGAAGAAAGAUCCCAAUUCCGUCGCAGCCCCCACACCACUCCGCAAAGUCGCUACAGCCUCAACACCAGUACCCAUCAAGUCUGAAUUAAGCACGAAGGACACACCGAUGCCAGACGCUCCAGUCCUUUCACAGGGAAACUCAACAUUGCCAAUUCCACACCCAGGAGACAAGGAUGCACUUCUCAUAUCGAGGAUCCCAGGAAUGCCUUCAGCGGUAGAAAUAGAGAAGCUUCUGUCUGCUCCGCCGCUGACAUAUAAUGAGGCAAGGGGGUCUUGGAUUGAGGAGGACAUGAGGAAGCCGGUUAAGCAAUUUUGUGAGAUAUGUGGGUAUUGGGGAAGGGUCAAGUGUAUGAGAUGUGGUGGAAAAGUUUGUGCUUUGGAGUGCUUGACCACUCAUCAGCAGGAGUGCUUCCAGAGAUAUGGAGCUUAA